CUUUCAAUCAACAAGCAACAAAGGCUCGUAAGUAAGUAAUGCCUCUGUGUAUUUAUUUUAAAUUUAACCUUAAAUUAGAAACUUGACAAAUUAUUAAUGUGACAUAUUCUGAGUGUUGUAUAUUCCACAGUAUCUGUGCUAUUUGUUAAAAAUGAAGUCAAUAUUCGUGGAGAUGUAACCUCCUGGCAGUUUCCAUAGCUAACUUGUUUCUAUAUACAUUGUGCUAGUCAGAUUGUGAAACAUUUAUACAGAGGUUUUUAUUUUUAAAGAGGAACAAUGUCUAAAACUGAUCCUGAAUACACGACUUACAAUGUUCCAUGAUCCUAAGCUUGUCUAAAUUCUGUAUAAAAAUGAAUAAUGAACAUUAUAUCACAAUGAUUUGCAGUGCCAUAGUCAUGUAUCUCUGUAAUAGAAGUGCUAAAAGCAAGUAUGUAAUGAAAAGUUAGUUGGCAUUAAUGGUAUCAGACUAUUUAACAUAUUUAGUUGUAAGCAGGGGCAAACUGACCCUUCAUCACUCAGACAGAGUUAAGAAUUGGGGCUCCUCCGAACAGGUCAGUUACCAUGGUUGUUUUCUAUUGAUGGCUGUUGCACAAGGUGGAGUCCAUUUUAAUCCUCGAAAGUGCCCAGCCCAGCAUUGCACCCGUGAGUUCUGGUCAGGGUUGGCCUUAGGGGUAUGCUAGCUGUGUGGCCGCACAAAGGGCUAUGUCAGCAAGGACGCCAGCAGGCCGACACAUCUCGCAACGGGUCGGCACCAGUAUCUGAUACUGUUGCCCCUAAUAAAAAGUGAAUUCAUUUUUUACUCAAUAUUUUGCCGGAUAUUAAAUAAAAAAAAGACUCCCUGGUGGUCAGGUGAUAUAUUGCACGGUUUGCAGCCCUGGCUGAUACACUUCAUAAAAUCCUUUCCCUUGCGGUUCAGGUGCUCAUUGAUGAGUCAGAGCACGGACUUUGAAUCUCCUUGGCUGCGCUCUGACUCAUCAAUGAGUGCCAGAACCACGAGGGAGAGGAUUUUAUGAAGUGUAUCAGCAGGGACUGCAGACCGUGCGAUAUACCACCGGACCACCAGGGAGACCACAUGAGACACACAGCCAGUACCGGACCACCAGGAUAUUAAUAGAGAAAGGCAGACAGUGCCACAGGCAUGCUCCUUUCCAAAUGUGCACCGUAAGAGGGUGAGCUACACUCAGAGAGAAGGUGAGUAAUUCUGUAUAGUUUAAUAAAACUGAUUACAAAUUUGAGUAAAACUACUGUUUUCUACACUAAAUUAAUUGUGUACCAGUAUAUGCACUCUUUCCUGUAUAUUACAUAUUCUGGGAGCACAUACCAGAAAGACCAUAGGAUGAGAGUAAAGCAGAGCAGUACCUCUCUUUCUAUGUAAGUUUAAAACUGUAAAACUGAGAAAAGCUUGUCAUUUUUUCCCUCUAGUUUCUGACCACGAUGUUGUUAGAACCAGUAGAACACACUAUAACCAGAUCCAUCACUCAAUCUCUACAACAGUGAGGCUGCUAAGAGAUGAAGUUUGACAAAAGCAAUGUCACUAGUUUACCUUUAGCAGAGAGGGAUAAAUAUGUGUAAGUCUCAGAAAAGUGGGUGUUAUUUUAUAAACUUCUCAAAGAUCAGUAGAAAAAGAGGGCCAGGUCCAAAAUGAGAUCUUGACCUAUCUAUAUACUCAAAUAAGGAAGGAGGUUCUCCAUCAACCUAAAUAUGAAAACCCUUGUGUCCAGCACUGGACUUGGUGGUUCUGUUGCAGGGUCCAGCGCUGAGCCUAGAAUUCUAAAUUACCCAGGCCCGGCAUGGGGCCAUUAGAGUUAGGAAACAAGGUGGGAUGGAUUAGAUUUCUGUCUUUCCUUAUCUCUUAGUAUAUAAUCAAGCUGCCUGCUUUAUUGGAUUCCUGGUAUUCAGCCUAUGUUCUCCGGUAUUAUCAUAGUUGUAAAGCAUCUGCUUGAAGGAACACUCCAUGGGAUGUUUCUUUUUCCAAUUUAGUAGAUACCCUCUGAAAAAAAGAAGCAUUUCUUAUUUUCUGCAUGGCUUGUUUGGACCCACAUGAAACAGCCUGCAAAAACUGCAUAACAUAUCUGCAGCUUUGCAAGCCGUUUCCUAUUUCUCUGACAGACUUUCAGUAUGUCCUGGGAAUUGUACCCAUCAAAGGCUUCUCAUUGAGAAGCCUCUGUGUUGGAGCUGUACAGACCUGGCUUGCCUAUGCAGGGGGUGACUUCAGCAAAACUUUAUAAAAGUGCUGAUUUAUGAAAUAUAUGCCAAAUAUGACAGUCUCCAGACACAUUAGGAACUUGAAGUGAUUAAUUUGAUUAGCAAGCUGAAGUGAUUUAUGUGUACUUAGUGUUUCUUUAAGAAACCUCUAUUGCUAAUAUUUACUGUAAUUUAAUUUUGCUGGGUCCUUUUGAACUUUUAAAAGAUGAUUACUUUGCAAUUUUUUGUUUUUUUUAUAGUGUAGGUUUUUAAAAUAGAAAAUUUGAAAAUACAAAUCAUCGUAUGCAUGAGUGUCUAUGGCUGCUGUCAAUUGUAUACAGUACAUCCCCCACAAAUAUCACACACACACACACACACACACACACACACACACACCACACACACACACACACACACACCACAUUAUGGUGAGAUGUGUUACUAUGGAGCUCUGUAAUACAAAAUGCACAUUCCCAGAAAACACUUAACCACCAGGGAAUCGCAUGCACCACUUCUCUGCAAGGUAACACCGGGGAAGGGGGGCAAUGAAUGUUUUCAUUUGUUUUUGUUUUUUAAAUGUAUUAAAUGAAAACGCCCCUAUACACUCACAUGAUAUUCCAUGUAAACACAGUGCACACUCUGUACACUCAGGCACUAGAGACCCAAUACACACUCUACCCACAUACACACAGUACACUCACUAUAAACAUACACUAUACCCCUAUACACAUAUACUACACCCCUAUAAACAUACACACUCCUAAUAACAACAAACAAUACACAUAUACAUACACUGCAGCCCCUGCACCUCCCAUACACACAGACAGUAAAUUCCCUACUGACACACACUGUUUUUUCAGCAAGCUUUCUCACCGCUUAGUUUUGUGGUUAAUAAGAGUGGGAGGUUUUAAAUAAUGAAGGUAUUAGAUGAGAGGAUGUGGUCAGUGAGGAGAGCUGUGAAGAUUUUUUGCAGAGAGCACCUAAAUCCCAAGAAUGGCCCUGGUUCUGGUGUUUAGAGUAUUGCCGUUUGUUACCACAGCAAUGCUAUGAACUAUGGAACUCUCUCGAUACACUAGAGACUAGACCACCAUGAAAGCCUUCACUGCAGUAUAUUCUUACUGUAAGUGAAAAAGGGGCUUGUGGACAAGAAGCUGUCCUUAAAGAAUUAAACAGUGAUCUGAAAGCUCUCUGAUUCAGACCCUCACUUAAUUUGUUCAUGUGUCAUAGAGAGGAAUUGUGAAAAGUGAAAAAAUAUUUUUGCUUGAAGGACCACUAUAGGCACCCAGACCACUUUAGCUCAAUUAAGUGGUCUGGGUGCCAGGUCCAUCUAGGGUUAACCCUGUAGCUGAAAACAUAGCAGCUUCAUAUAAACUGCUAUGUUUACUUUAGGGUUAAUCCAGUCUCUAGUGGCUGUCUCGUUGACAGCUGCUAGAGGCGCUUCCGCGAUUCUCACUGUGAAAAUCACAGUGAGAAGACGCUGACGUCCAUAGGAAAGAAUUAAGAAAUGAUUUCCUAUGUACUGUUUGAAUGCGCCGGUGGCUCUCGCAUUUGGCGCUGACGUCGGCAGAGGGAGGAGAGUUUCCUAGCACCAAAGGUAAGUGUUUGAACCCCUUCAGCCCCCUCAACUUAGCGGGAGUGGGUCCCUGAGGGUGAGGGGGACCUAAAGACCCGAUAGUGCCAGGAAAACAAGUUGUUUUUUUUUUAUAUAUAGUGGUCCUUUAAGAUAUCUGUGUGGUCAGCCUUGCUAAAUUCUAUCUUUUAAGACGUUAUAGCGGUAAAUAGGGGUACUGUCAGUUACAAUGUGAAAGUGACAGUUUCCAAAUUCGGGACUGUAAAAUCAUUAAAAAAAAACCUGACAAAUUGAUACAUUGCUGAAACUAUUUUUAGUUUAAUACUACACAAUUCAAUAAAAUGUAUAGCAUAAACAAUUCCUUACAAAUGUCCUUUAACCCCUCCUUUAAAAAAGAUUAAUAUUCCACAUAUAAAUAUAUUUUUAUUGUAGGUUACAGAAAAGUAGAAACCCACAGAAAAUUGGUGGCUCUGUUAACAUUAUGACACAAUGAAGAUUUUCCUCCUGAUCAUUCUUCAAGGUAUAAUACAUUUUUAUCAUGUAACUGUUACAUAUAUUAUAACUUCUUUACUAUAAAUACAUUAUUUCCAGGUGUCCUGGCUAUUUUCAUCGUUUUGUUAUUGUUUCACAUGAAAUGCAGAGUUGUGGAAAUAAAACAAGAGAUAUAGUUGAUUAGUCGCAUAGUUUUACAAACAAGGGCUAUCAGACCAAAUCAAUAUUAACUUAAUAACAAAUGUUAAACCUAUGGGCAGAAAGGUAUAUUGUCAGAUUUUGCAUAAAAAAGUCACUUUGACCAACAUAUAUAUUACAGAGGCUUCCUUGAUUGAAUGUCAGAACGGUAAUUGAGGCAGCAGUUAGCCAGAGCACCUGCCUUGUUGGGACUUCUCAUUAGGAAGUCAGUGAUUGGACAGACACAGAACGUCUGGGUGGGGUUAGAAGGGGAGGACUUGCAAAGGCAGCAGUUGAUAAAUUUGUAGCUUUAACAAGAUGUUUUUAUAUAUAUAUCCCCAAUGAAAAUUUGCAUAAUGAAAUGCAUGCAUAAUUGCUGGUAUACCUACUAAAUGGGAAUUUUCUUUUUAAAUUUAAAAAGUAGAGUGUCUAUUUAAUGAUUUGUUUUAGCUAUAACCCAGUAGAUCUUCUAUUAGGGCAGAGGUUCCCAACCGAGUCCUCAAGUACCCCCUAGCAGUCCAGGAUUUAGGGGUCACCCAGUGGUACCUAAAGUGUUUUUUUUUUCUUUUAAAAAUGCCUUAGACAUAACUGGGUAAUCCCUAAAUCCUGGACUCUUAGGAGGUACUUGAGGACUGGUUUGGGAGCCACUGUAUUAGGGUAUCUGCCUGGGAGGUUCCACUCCUACACUAGAUAUAGCCCAAAGAAAAACAGAGUUUUCUAUAAUAAUUUUUUUUAAAUACCUUUAUCUUAAAAUUUUGCUUGUUACACUUAAAAAAGUGCAUGCUUUUGGUACUCAAUAUUUGUAUGUUCCAUUGGAAUUUUAUUUACAUUAUUGUUUUAGGAUUUUUGGUAGGUUAUGGGGUGCAUUUAUAUCUGCCUUUUUUUCGAUUGGCUGUUUGUCAUAAUCUUUAUUUUCUUUUUAAGCUUUAGAUUCCUCUGGCCAACAAUGGCUUUUUUCUUUCCCUUCGCGGAUGGUAGCGCUGAUUGGUUCUUGUGUUGAGAUUCCCUGCCGGUUUGUUAAACCCAGUAAUUAUACAUCUUAUAAUAUUGUAUGGUAUCGGUAUGAGAGAAUUAACGAUACAGUGAUUUUUAAAACCAACGGAAUCUCAGAAACAAUUGCAUCUUACAGAGGACGCACAUCAUUGGUGAAAAAUGAUAAGAACAAGUGCUCCCUCAGGAUAAAUAGUGUGACAUGGGACGAUUCAGCUCGGUUUUACCCAGGAAUAGAUAAAAAAAUUAAUGCAUAUAAAAUUCAAAACAAGUUUAUAAAACUUCAAACCACAGGUAUAAUAAAUGUCUUCUCAUUAGUACAUUUUGUUAAAUAUAGAAAUAUAGAGUAUUAUGUAUAGAAGUGUGAUCAUAGCUUAUCAGCACAGAAUUACCAAUAUUCCUCCAGUGAUUGCUGCUUUGAAGAGUGACCUCAUUAUUAGGAACCCAUGGGGUAUAAGUUAUCCAAUCAGUUAUUCACUAAAAUGAGAAUUGUUCAGAUUCCUAAUUUAAGGCCAAAGUAGCUGAACUUGAAGCGUUGCGGCCUAGGAGAAUGUUUCCAGUUCAACUAUUUUUGCUUUAAAUUUGAAAUUCUCUUUGAAUUCCAAACAAUUUUCACUUUGGUUUAUAACUCUGAAAGUGUUUUUUUUUUUAACUUGUAAAAAAUGUAAAAUGGAUGUUUCCUGCUGGUGUAACUGGUUUAUAUGUUGAUUUUACUAUUUUUAUUUCUUCUGACCACUUUGAUAAAUCUCCCCAAUAGACCAAAAUAGCACAUGCUUGCAGAAAUGUUUUUUUUUUUUCUGUGAAACAUAUCAAAACAUACAAGCUCAGGGUGCCCCAGCAGCAAUCCUCAUGCAUAUUAUCAUGCAUAACAGUUAGAGAAAUUGAUAAAACAUGCACAUUUUUUUAUAUAACAACAACAUUGUCAAGCUAUGCUUCCAUGGCUAGUCGUAAAGAAGAGAUUACACUAAGGCAGGGAUAGGCAACCUACGGCACUCCAGAUGUUGUGGACUACAUCACCCAUAAUGCUCUUACACCCAUAAUGCUGACAAAGCAUCAUGGGAGGUGUAGUCCAAAACAUCUGGGGUGCUGAAGGUUGCUUAUGCCUGCACUAAGGUACCAGCAAAAUAACUACUAAUGAGAAAUCAAAGUAGAGUGUACUGGGGAAGCUAUGGCAAUGCGUAGUAAGCAAUAAUAAUAGUGUUAUAAGAAUAAUAAGAGUGCUGAGAGUCAUUGGAUCAAUCAUGUCUAAGCAAUGAAAAGGAGAAAAAGUAGUGAAACUCAGAAAGACACGAGAGAUCCAGAAAUAAAAAUUGUGUGAGGCCACAGGAUCACAAUGCUGUGUAGUGGCACCACACUUUAGUAUAAAGAUACCCAGCAUGUGAGUAAGGUCUCAGUUGGGCAGUAGACAUAAAGAAAAAGAUAACUAAACAUAAAAGCCAACAUUAAAACAAUUGAGUAAGCAAAUCAGGUCAUCUCAAAUAUCAGGUUUGUCACGUUACACGGUAUCCGCUGUCAUCAAUGUAAACUCACUCUGCGGGCACGGUACCAGGGCUUUUUGAAUCCUGCCAGUGGCAGAAGUAGAGCAUGUAUAAGGAAGUUCAUAUAAUGAGCCAUGCAGUGGUUCAGAGGUGAGGCACUCCCUAUGCACCAGGCCUGUUCUAGAUUCUGCAACAGGAUCUGUUCUAGAUCCUGGUUCACUUAUCUGCUCCCCACAAGCCUUUGAUCUGAGCACAGUCCAGCCUAACCGCCCCACAUAUGUUUUGUUGGGCAACAUAUAGGACUUGAUUCUGGAGUCUGCAACCUGGCAUCCACAAAUCACUAUCUGUGGGCGUGAGCGGAAUACAUGAGGGUAUCUCUUGCUGGUCCACAGCCCAGGUAUGUAGCGCUUCAAAAGUACCUUCGGCUCUGCUGCUGUUCUUGAGGCAUUCGCCUCCGCGUUCUCACCGUCCACUGCAUUGGAGUCUCAACCAGCAUGGCUCAUCUGAAUGUUGCUUUGUUGCGGGUAAGUGUGGUGCGGUGCCGCAGCCACCGGCCACUGUGUUCUGUGGUGGGCUUCGACAGGGGGGCAGGGGGUGGGAGCGGAAUGCUCUGCACACCUCGUCGAAUCUAUCUUCAAAGCAAUGCAUCUAGUCUAGGCUUUCCAGCCUUGCUUGUUGCAGUAAGGGUAUUGGUAUGGCGGCCAUCUUGGACUUGCCACGUGUUCCUAGGCACCGUAUAUUUAAGGCUAUUCAAGUCGUCAGUGUGUCCAGUAGGAACCGGGAUAACCCCCGCCGGUCCAGGAAGAGGGGAGGGGAACAGGGCUUCUGUGGCUGCUCUUUGGAAUGCUUGGUCCUAAGCGGGAGAUCUGCUGCCUCCCCCAGCUGUCGGGUUUCCAAUCUCAGCAGGCCGCAGGACCAGAUGGCAGAAUAUUGUGGCAAUAGUAUACAUUUUGGGAAUCUUGGUGCCCCUGUAGAUGGAGGUGUCUGUUAGUUUGUUUUGGGGCUUCUGCCGCAAUUUUUAUUGAUUUUAGUAGCUUUAUAGCUUGUAGCUUGCAGGAGCUCCCAGAGAACACGUCUGGCACAUUUGCAAGUCAGGCCCUCCCCUCAUUAGAAAAUGUUUUUAGUGAACAUGUUACCCGGUAUAUUAAUUCUAGCUCUUAUUCUUGAUGCUGACUUAAGGUUGCACUUCCAUAUUCUACUCAAGACAUUUGCAUGCAGUCUUUUACAAGAGCAGUACUUGAAAGUUUACAUAUGAACCACCCAGUUCUAGGAAGUAAAAGAAGGGGGUAGAUGAUAGCUGUGUUAUUUUCUGUAAGGUUAUUUAAUAUUUGUACACGUUUCUAAGAAAAAGUUGCUUGACCAUGCCACUUUUUGUAACAUGAGUCAGAAAAAUUAGUUGUCAUCGUGAAUGGGGCGUAGGGGAGCAAAAGCACUAAGUGGGGGUAUGGCUGUGGUUGGGGGGUAAAACAAAACAAUGACUCAAGGUUAAUACAACACAUGUAACAUUUGUAAACAAAGGUUUAUAUUAUGCUCCAAAUGUAUUAAAAAAUAUGUUGUUAUAAUAAGAUUUAGAAAAAAAACAUUACGGUUAGAUAUAGGAUGGUGUUUGGGAAGGGCUUAAGGACCAUCAGUUUGAGCACCAUAAUUAUGUAAUUGAAAUUAAGUGACCGGGACCUCCUGGCACCAUAAUAACUUAAUUUCAGCUUAAGGUCCUGCUAUUUGGCCACCUAACAAUGCCUUUUGUGGUGGAAUGGUGUAAAAGAGUGGUGGAAGAGUUAGCAUGGGGACUUUCAUAAGACGUAUUAAUGAGUCAGUCAGUAAUUAAAAGUGAAGGAUAUACCUGGAUGCAAGAAUAAGGCAGUUUAGUUCUCAUAAAAUAUCAUAUUGAUUGAUAAUGCAGUCAAAAGAAAACUAGCCACAAUUUGUGUAACAUAUUAUAAUAAAUAUUAUUGUAUGAUGAUUGUAUGAUCAGUCUCUAUGUGUAUUAUAUUCUGGUUCAUACACUGAUCUGUCACGCCAUUAAAAACCACUAACCUAAUAUCAUGUAGGUUAUACUAAUGCUGCCAAAACAGUUCUGAUGCAUUGAGGCAUGACCUCUGACAGUGUCUGUGGUAUAUGGCACCAAGACAUUAGCAGCAGAUCCUUUAAGUCCUGCAAGUUGCUAGAUGGGGCAUUCAUGGAUUAGAUGUGUUAUUUCAGCACAUCCCACAGAUGCUCAAUUGAAUUGAGAUUUGGGAAAUUUGUAGGCCAGGGCACCACAUUUAAUUAUUUUCAAGUUCAUCAAACCAUUCCUGAACAAUUUAUGCUGACAGAGUCCGCUGCCAUCACGGAACAACAUUGCCAUAAAAAGAUGAAUGUGGUCUGUAGCAAUCUCUAGGUAGGUGGUACAUGUCAAAGUAAGAUCCAUAUGAAUGCCAGGACCCAAAAUUUCCAAGCAGAACAUUGCCCAGAGCAUAACACCACCGUGCCAUCCUGCAUUAUUACCAUAGAGCAUCCUGUCAUCUCUUCCCCAGGUAAACACACAUCUACAGAUCAUCGACCUGAUCAAAAAGAAAAUGUGAUUCAACAUACCAGACAACAUUCCUUAAUUACUCAAUGGUCCAGUUCUGAUGCACACAUCCCCAUUGAAGGGACUUUUAGUGGUGGACAGGGAUCUUCAUGGGCAAUCUGACCAGUCUAUGACUACGCAGCCCCAUACACAGCAAAUUGUGUAUUCUGACACCUUUCUGUCGUCAGCAUGCCAGCAUUAUGUUUUUCAGCAAUUUGAGCUACAGUAGCUCUUUUGUGUGAUUGGAUGAGAUGGGCUAGCCUUCAUUUCACAAAUCAGUCAAUGAGCCUUGUGUGCCAAUUACCCUUAUGCCAGUUCACCGGCUGCACCGCUUUUGGAAAGUAAUAACCACAGCAUACCGGGAACACCCCACAAGACGUGCUGUAUUGGAGGUGCUCUGACCAAAUCAUCUAGCCCUUGUCAAAGUCACUCUUUUUCCGUGCUCAUUUUUCCUGCAUCCAAAACAUGAAAUUCAAGAACUGACUGUUGUCUUGCAACCUAAUAUAUCCCACCCCUAGACAUUUUAACAAUAUAUUCAAUUUUAUUCACGUCACCUGUCAGUGAUUUUAAUAUUGUGACUGAUCAGUAUAUGUUAAAGUAAAUACACUUUUUCAGUGCAUAUCCUGGAUUUGCCUUUUUUUUUUCUCUAAUCCAGGCGUAUUCCAGAACAGUAAUUGUGUUUAUGCAUCUUUUCAGCUCUUCCCAAUGUACUAAAUUUUAAAGAGCCUGGAGACAUGACAGAAGGAAAGCCUGUCAAUAUCACCUGCUCAGCGAAGCACACUUGUAUCGCGGAUCCACCGAGACUUUGGUGGAACAAGCCUGGUCUAUAUAACAAUACAUAUCAUACCGAACUGAAAGAUGGAGUUUGGAAAACUAAGAUAGAGCAAAUGUAUAUUCCAUCGUAUCAAGAUCAUGGGACAUUCCUUCAAUGCACAGUUGCACAUCCUAAUGGGCAAAUAAUGGAAAAAACUGCUUUACUCCAGAUUGAAUGUAGGUAAUAUGUGUGGAAUGUCAUCACUACUUUAAACAGUAAAUUAGUAAUAAGCAUAUUAAAGAAAAUCUAUAUGACAAGAAUAAAAAUGUGGUCUUUGUGCUGCACUGUGUCACAGUAUGUCCAUUAAUCUAUUAAUGUAGAGCUCCUAGACCUUGUAUAAAUAAAAUAUUAUAUUACUGAACUCAGCACUCAGAGGACGGAGUUACUGCUUGGAGGGUAUCAUUGUGUGCAGCUUUGGCCCUUAAAGGGACACUCCAACUUUUGGGAGUUUAUAGACUACUUCCAUAACAAGUAAAAUACAUAGCUUUACAUUAAGGAACACUAUAGUGUCAGAAAUACAAUGUAUUCCUUACACUGCAGGUCUUAAUAGGUAUUUAGGUUACCUUGACUCUCCUUGUUCACUGUUAAAAAGGUGAUCUUACUCACCUUUUUCUAGUGUCGCACUGGUUUCCUUGAAACUGCCUUUGCUCCUGCUCCAUCCAUUGGCUGAAAUCAAUAAACCUUUUGAUCUCAGCCAAUCCAAAGCUUUCCCAUAGGAAUGCGCUGGGAGGCUGCUGUGCCUAAAUGGCAAAAUACAGCUCUGUGCCAAUCAGCAUCUCCUCAUAGAGAUGCAUUAAAACAAUAAAUCUCUAUGAGAAACAUUCAGCACCACACAAGGUGUGGAGACGCUGGACAUCAGUGCUGCACGCUGUGCAGCACUGACCCAGGACGUACCUAACGCUAGUGGCUGUCUGAGUGACAUUAUAAUUCUCUGUUUAUUGUGUCUACAUUGCUGAGGCAGCAUGUACAGUAUCUUUGCUCCAGAGCCAUUGCAUUAAGCUGUAUAGAGUGUCACUUUCAAUCAGCCCAUUUCUAUUUUUGUUAUGUUGGUAAUGUAGGUGGGGAGACACAAUUACACACUCUAGCUGUAUAUUAGUUUCAGAAGAGGGGCUAAAUUCAUGGGACCAGGAGCAAAGGCUAAUUGUUGCCUCGAAUUAGUAUUGUAAACAAUCUCAACAAAGACAUGUAUGAUGUAAUAGCAUUGAAGAGUGUCUGCCACACCACACAAACUGUUUUUGACUGCAUUGUGUAACAUUACUCAUUCUAAAGAAUAGAAUUUGAAAAUACAUUAAAAUUAAAGGCAUACGUAUGUGUAUGUAUAUUUACAUUACAUGAUCUGAUUUACAUUGCAUGAUCUGAUUAGAUGUCCAUUGUCUGUUGUUACAUAGUACCAUGAUGGGGUGCACUCACUUGACUUCUUAUGCUGUUAAAUGUUUUAUUUAAUUUGUUGCUUAAAGGACCACUAUAGUGCCAGGAAAACAUACUCGUUUUCCUGGCACUAUAGGGUCUCUCAAGGUCCCCCCCUCCCCCCACCCUCAGGGCACCGCUCCCGCCGAGUUCUAGGGGAUGUAAGGGGUUAAAUCUUACCUGUUUUCCCCCGCCGGGCUCCCUCGGCACGGGAAACUCUCUUCCUCCUUUUCGCCGUCAUCGGCUGAAUGCGCAUGCGCGGAAAGAGCCACGCUCGCAUUCAGCCAGCCCAUAGGAAAGCAUUCUCAAUGCUUUCCUAUGGACGCUGGCGUCUUCUCACUGUGAAAAUCAAUGAGACAGCCACUAGAGGCUUGAUUAACCCAUUUGUAAACAUAGCAGUUUCUCUGAAACUGCUAUGUUUACAGCAGAAAGGGUUAAUCCUAGAUGGACCCGGCACCCAGACCCCUUCAUUAAGCUGAAGUGGUCUGGGUGCCUAUAGUGGUCCUUUAAACACAACAUGCUCCAUCCGAUAAUAUAUAUACAAACUGAGUGCUAUGUAUGGAAGUGAGAUCACAGUUUAUUCCUAUGUAAAAAGGUGAAGUUCUGGAUGUGUGAUUAAAACAUUAUUUGAUCUCUAAAUUAUUUCAUUAGAUGCUGCCAAAGGAGUUACAAUUAUACCUGGGAAAAACAAGUUCAGUAAAGGAGAUACUAUGGAACUGAUUUGUAAUUUCUUGGCCUGUAAUCCAGAACCAAGCCACUAUACGUGGUAUCUGAACAGUUCUGUUCUAAUGAAUGAGACAGAGAAAAUCCUGAUUAUGCAUGACAUCACCUCAAAGUUAUCUGGGAAUUAUAUCUGCGCAGUACACAAUGAAAUUGGAAUAUCCUUGUCUAGUCAUUCGGUUAUCAUCACUGAUAAUGAUAAUGUAUCAAGUAAGUGUGAUUUUACAGAAUUCACAAUUCGAAAUACAUUGAAAAUUAGCAAAUAUCACAUUUAGGCAACGGUCUACAGAGAUUUUGUUUAUAUUUUUGUUAUUUUAUUCAGUUAGGUGAAUGUAUUAUGAGUCAAUAUAUAAUGAUGGAACUUUUUAAACUUUGAGAUCAUGUACCUUUUUCAAGUGAGCUAAAAUUCUAUCACUUAGAAAUUAGUUUAGGAAUAUUUUUGCUAAAUUAGAGGUUGACUACUAACUUUACAAUAAAAUAACUGAUUUAGAGAUGUUUUCCAAGCAAUUUGCUGUGGUCUAAAUUUGGCAACUUGUUUUUCACCACACCUUGGUCCAUUUAAUGUAUUCUAAGUAUUUAAUCUAUUUUACAUUUGUAUUUAUACUGUUGUAAGUUAUUUAUUUUCCACUUAACCUAUUUGUACAUUUAUUCUUCAGUUCCUGAGAACGACACUGCAUCCUACACACUGAAUCCUACAAUAAUUAUUGUGCCUGGACUAAUAUGUCUGCUUCUUUUUCUACUGAUUGGCUUCCUUUGUUGGAGGUAAAGUGUCUUAUCCAGAGCAUACAGUGGGCAGUCCAACCCAGGGGAGAGACGGGAGCUGGUGGAGUGGAUGGGUUGGGUGAAACCUCACACCAGCACAGUCACUGGUUGUAGCAUGUUGGAGUGGGUCAUGGCAAGGGCUAUGUACGUCCCUCUACCUACUUUCUCAAUGAGGUUUAGAUUGUGGUACUGCCACAUACGUGGAGGGGAAGGGAACAUAACACUAUCAUUUUUUUUCUUUUUAAUUGAAUAUUACCUCUUCCACAGGUAUAGAAAGUUUCAAAAGGUGUUAUGCUGUAUGGCCAAUCAAGCAGAGGUUAGUAAUAACUUUGAACAUGUUACAUAAAAAAAUACAAAAGCAUAAUGAUAGUUAUAGGCGUGUGAGCGAGUGUGGUGUUAGUGUUCAUCGAUCACUAACCUCAUUGGUCAUUUACUGCAAGAUAAUCCAGCACGCUUUUUAACUUGGAUCAGUUUCAUCAUUAUUAAAAUGUGUUCCUAACGUGUUUUUAAUCAUAAAUUAAUGGAAAGCUAAUGUGAUUUUUCUGCUAAAAUUUUUAGGAUGCCAAACCUUCUGAUGCCACAUAUGCUGAUCUUCAGAGGGAAAAUAUCUGCACAGAAUAUGAUGAAUUAAAGGUAACACCAUAGCACUUAUUAUCCAUGUAUUAGAAAUAUGUAAACAGUAAAGAUUUCAAUGUCAAUAAUUUUAAUACUAAUCUAUUUCAAAAGGUAAAAAGGACGUAUUGAAAUACGACAAAUCUAGCAAUAUUCUUUCAUUUUGGACGAACUGCAUCUUAUAAACUAAGCAUGACCUUUUACAUCAUAUCUUAACUAUGAACAUCUAAUGCUUUUGAUUAUUUAUUUGUUUUCUUUUGUAGCUACACAAAGAGAAGAUUCAUCACCGUAUUCCCAUUAAAGAAAAUAUUUAUGAAUUAGCACAUUAUGAAAAUGUUUCAACAUAGAAUUAAAAUGGUCUUGGUCAAUCAAAGCGAACAAAUAUAUUUAGUGAACAUAAAAAAACAAAACAACAAGAUUUGUUUUUGAAUUGUUAAUUAUUUGGGGCACAUAUUAUGAUUAUGUAUUAGUGCUUGAGUUUUUAAAAUUGCAGAUAUUAGCAAUUUUUUUUUCUGUAAUAGAAAUAGCUGACAUAUUUGGUUUUGUUAGUUAGUUUUCAAGAUUCUAAUUGUUUUAUUAUUUUUUUUUAAAUAAUUUUUUUGACCAUAUUGGCAAGAUAAAUAUAACCAACAUACAAAUACAAAAAUAUCAGCAUUUGUAAUUGGUAAAUAUAUAUGUAAAAUACAAGUCAAGCUUAAAACAAACACAUUUUAAUAAUAUAACAAUACAGUUUAUUUGUCAAGUUACUACCACCAUGGAAUCAAUACAAUGUCCUGGGAAUAUAAGAUUUUAAACUAAAGAUGAGUUACAUAGUUACAUAGUUACAUAGUUACAUAGCUGAAAAGAGACUUGCGUCCAUCAAGUUCAGCCUUCCUCACAUUUGUUUUUGCUGUUGAUCCAAAAGAAGGCAAAAAACCCAGCCUGAAGCACUUCCAAUUUUGCAAAAAACUAGGAAAAAAAUCCUUUGUGAUCCUAAAAUAGCAGUCAGAUGUCUCCUUGGAUCAAGCAGCUAUUACCCCACUAAUUAGAAAUUAUAUCCCUGUAUGUUUUGUUUUUACAAGUAUUUAUCCAAUUGUAGUUUAAACAUCUGUAUAGACUCUGACAAAACCACCUCUUCAGGUCGAGAAUUCCAUAUCCGUUUAGUUCUUACUGUAAAAAAAACUUGUCUUUGCCCCAGAUGAAAUCUCCUUUCUUCCAGCCUAGAUGUGUGACCUUGUGUCCUAUGUAUAGCCCUGUUUAUGAAUAGAUUUCUAGAUUUUUUCUACAUACACUGAUACAUGGCUUUCAAUGUUUAUUUCAACAUCAUUUAUAAAUAUGUUAAAUAAAAGCGGUCCCAAAACAGAACCCUGAGGGAUACCACUUACCACUUUUGUCCAGCCUGAAAAUUUACCAUUAAUGACAACUCAUUGUACUUUAUCCUUAAGCCAAAUGUUCUACCCAUCAACAAGAAUAUCCAUCUAUACCAAUUUCUUUUAGUUUGAAGACUAACCUAUUGUGAGAAACCGUAUUAAAUGCCUUGGCAAAAUCCAAGUAGAUCACAUCCACUGCAACACCCUGAUCUAUACUUCUACUUACUUCUUCGUAGAAUGCAAUUAGGUUAGUUUGACAUGACCUAUGUAUCAUAAAACCAUGCUGAUUAUUGCUUAUAUCAAAGUUCUUCCCAAUGAAUUCCUGAAUAUUAUCCCUUAAUAGCCCUUCAAAUAUUUUCCCAGUCACAGAAGUUAAUCUCACAGGUCUAGUAAUAUGUUGAAUUUCUACUUAUAUAUACCUUUAUCAUUCAUAACCUAGGGAAUUCGGCAGAACAUCACCGAACAUACUAUAGUAAGGAUUUCUUUGUUCAUGGCAUAUAUUCAUAGAAAUCUCUUCUAACUAAAGUAGUCUUUACUAAAAGGCAGUUGUUCUAGACUGUAGAAAGAGUGCUUUUUGGGUGCAUUUAAAUGUGAGAAUUCAUUAUUUAUGCAAACCAGAGUAAUAACAAUGGGUAGCUCUGAUGGUUUAUUAAAUGGGGACCUGUGCAUCUACUAUGUGGUGCAUUUCUUGUGUGGUGAGACUACCUUGAUGAGCUGGGGGAAUGUGUAUUCUUUAUUAAAGAAUUUGAAACAAAAUACAAUGUAAUGUUGGCUUUAAAUGAAUCCAUUGGUGUUGUUUAUGUGGUUCUGCAUAGAUUAACAGAGCACUUUAUCACUGUCACGACUUCGGUAACAUAAGUCCACUUGUGGGACAUGAGUAGCAUAAGUCCACUGUCAGGACCUAGGUAGCACAAGUCUGCUAUCAGGACCUGGGUAGCACAAGGCUAGUAUGAGGACCUGGGUAGCACAAGUCCACUGUCAGGACCUAGGUAGCACAAGUCCAGUAUCAGGACCUGGGUAGCACAAGUCCACUGUCAGGACCUGGGUAGCACAAGUCCACUCUCAGGAUCUGUGGUUACAUGUUUUCAGAGAUGGAACAGAGUUACAAGAAGGUUCACAUUCUUUGAAAUCACCACUAACAAGCAAGACAUGUAAUGGGAGGUAACUGCUAGUUUCAGCAAAGUGCAGAAUUCUCCAUCUCUAAAAUAUAAUAAAAGUCUUGAGAUUCUGCAGCCAUUGUCCAAAAAAAAAAAGAAAGUUGAGUGCAUUGAGGCUAAUAUUGUUUGAGAGAGAAUCAUGAUCAAGCCUGGUAUGAAGGUUGGUUGGGAAGGGAACAUUUCUAGGCCCGGCAAAGCAGAAGUUAGGUAAAAGGAGAAAAGAUACAAAUCCAGAAAAUACUGGUUGUGGUUUUACAGUACUGCGCACACCUGUGUGUGAGCCUGGCUGCCAUGACUGCAAGACAUGUUUUGUGAGAGUGCCCGGCGGAUGAGGGAAAAAUUAUGGCUCUUGGGUGACUACUGAAAUGAAAUAUACCUCCAGUUGACAUUAAAGCAUCCCUGGUUUUUAUGUCAGACCCAAUAUUCAGCGAUACACGCUACCUUUUGAUGUUUUGGUCUUGGAAAGUAACUUCAUGUUUAUUGUGGCCUGGUGUUCCCCGAGGAAAGGAGAGGGAGCCAACCUACUGCCUGGAGCAACCUGAGCCUAAGUAAGCACCAGCUGGUGCCGUGUCCCCCCUCUUUUGGACCUGUAGGAGUGAACCUGGUGCACACCCUAGAGGCCCCUCUGCACAGCUGA